CUCUACCAGCCAAGUAUAAAUAAAAACUAAACUUCCGCCGUCCCGCGUCAAGGAGUUUGAACAUUUAUUCUGCUUUUCGCUGCUCCGAUUGUCUUCUCCUACGCCGAUCUCAUCCCAUCCAGAGAAAGAUAAAGAGAGAGGGAGAAAGUGGGAGUAAGGUAUAGGUAAAGUGAGGAGUGGUUUCUGACCUGCAUCUAGGCUUGACGUACAAUACAACUGAGGUUUUAUCACUACGUGAAAAUUGUUGUUUUUUCAAAAUGGACAAGGCUUUGGAUAUGUCUCUAGAUGAUAUUAUAAAGAGCAAAAAAAGUGCUGGAAGAGGGAGAGGACGAGGUGGUUAUUCUCGUGGUCGUGGAGCUGGAGGUGGUUAUUCUCAUGGUCAUGGAGCUAGAGGUGGUUCUUUUAGUGGUGGGAGGAUGAGAGGAGUAGGGAGAGGGGCACGACAGCAGGGCUCUCUUGGAGUCAAUGCUCGACAUUCUUCUUUCACUAUCGCCAAGUCUUUUCGCAGAAGCAAGAACGUCCUAUGGGAGCAUGAUUUAUUUGAAGAGAGCCUUACAUCCGCAGGAAUACCUACAAUGGAAAGUGGCACAGAGUUGUUUAUCACAAACUUGGAUACUGGAGUUAGCAAUGAUGACAUAAGGGAUCUUUUCUCUGAAAUCGGGGAGCUGAAACGUUAUGCUAUGCACUAUGACAAAAAUGGUGAACCCAAUGGGUCAGCUGAAGUUGUCUAUGUUAAAAGAAGCGAUGCUUUUGCUGCACACAGGCGUUAUAACAAUGUUCUACUGGAUGGAAGGCCUAUGAGGAUCGAGAUUGCAAGCCUCAGUUCAGGACUUCCUUUAGCUGCUCGUGUAAAUGUCGUUGGAGGUGCUAACAGAAAGGCAACAAGAAGAGUUAUGACAGAGAAUAAUCUGGCAGAACAGCUGGUAGCUGUUGAGGGAUUAAUCAGUGCAUUGAGGAGCCUAUGUUAUUACUGUAUAUGGUACAACAAUCUUGUAAGGAUAUCUACAUUCAAAAGGAGAAUGGGGAAACAAGAAAGCACAACAGAAGUCACACAAAUUUUUCAGCCCAAAGAAAUGGUGAUGGGCAAAGAACAAGUGGUGGGUUUAGGAAUAGUCAAGAACGUAAACGCACACAAAGCCAAGGCAUACGCGGUGGCCAAACACAAGGAAGAGGAUGGGGUCGAGGGAAGAAGCAGGUUAAGAAAUCUGCCGAGGAUCUUGACAAAGAGCUAGAUAAUUAUCAUGCCGAAGAGAUGCAGAUUUCUUAAAUCCAUCUGUGGCCGACACUAGAGUUAAAAUGAAUUACUGAAGAUGCUCAGCUGCUUCUGUUUCAGGGAUGUGGUGGAUGUUUGUUUUGUUCGGAACUCUAGAUUUUUCUCGGAUUUUUGUUUCACAAGUUUAGUUGUUUGAGACAAAUCUGCGUUGGCUGUAGGUACACCAAUUUAUGGCUGUGGUUGUAGUUACAUCUUUACAUCAAUUUUUUUCCCUUAUACUGCUUUAUGGAUUCUGUUUACUGGAGACCGAAGAAACAGGUAAUAGGGUAGAAGCAGAUACAUAGAUGCUGUUUUCAUUGGCGCUUGAAGUGUUCUUGGCGAUAUAAUUGGCGAUUCAGUAUUAAUAUCGAGUGGCACACGACAGUUUCUUGAGUAAAAUCUGCCAGAUCAAGUAACUUUUUUGAUGGGAAUAGUUGUAGUAUUUAGUUGCAGGUUAUCUUUGAAUAUAGUAACCUAGAAGGCUAAGAAUAUUUUUGGAACAGUUGUAGUUCUCAUUCUCUUAUAGCUUCUUGCGUAUUUACGUGUUUCGUUUAUUUAUCGUGUUCAGCAUAGCUGAUUAAUUGUUUCUAUUUUCUAA